AACACCUUAGCGAGGGGAAGAUCGCUUCAACAAGGGUGACGCAAAAUUAUCCGCGUGGAGGCAAAGGCGUUGGAUUUUCUUCGCUCGACUAGCCGGUAGCGAGGGCCCUUCGCUCGCUUGGAUGAUAUCGCAGGCAUCGAGCGUCCCAGUGGACGAUGCACAAAUGUUUGGUUGCAUCAGCACCUGAUUUAGUGUUGCGUCGGGUAAACUUCAGAAACUUCAGAAUCUAGAAAGCUACAUCAUGUCCAAUGUUGGACCGGCCGACAAAAAUCCAACAGUGGCAAAAAAAAUUCCGCCCCUAUGGUUAUCUCUUUCGUGCUCAUUACUGCGAGUGGCAACUGCUGUCCACUCUUGUGGUGUCAAUUAGGUACGCAACCGCCACCAAGCAAACUCGCAAACCUACACUGAGCCAUCUGGCAAAACACAAUUUGUCGCUUCUCACAUUUCGCGCUUUCCAUUCGUCACAAAACAUCUCGCGUGCAGUAUACCGAAAUCGCACUUAGCGCUCUUUCUUCUCCCGCUCUCAUUUUUGGCCGCUUCAGAAGCGGAUAUCGACUCUAUCGCUCAGACCGAGAGAUCCUCAGCGCCAUGAGCGACGGCCAAAUCCUGCGCACGGGCGUGCUGUUCAAGAAGGGCUCCGGCACGGGCCCGUUCGGUCGCAAGAACUGGAAACCGCGCUACUUCGUGCUCACGCCGUCGCGUCUGCAGUACUUCACGUUCGAGGACGGCGAACUCAAGGGCGAGCUGAGUCUGCAGGGCUGCGACGAGGGCGUGCUGGAGGUCAUGCCUGCCGACAGCAUGAAGACUGGCAGCUCGGCCUCAACGAUCUGGCGUAUCGCCAUCAACGCGCCCGAACGCCGCCUGCUGGUGGCUGCAGGGACGGAGAUGGAGAUGAACGACUGGGUGGACAAGCUUGUCGUGGCCUUCCGCAUCAAUUCGGGCCAGCCUAUGCAGCGCGCGUCCAUGCCCGCGCCUUCUUCCAACGGCAGCAUGGCCGGCAGCAGUGUCAAUAGCAACCCGAACAUCCGGGACUUCCAGAACUUCUCGGUGCCACGUCGCGGCGUCAACCAGCGCCACAGCACAGGCGCAGAGGUGCGAGCGUCGACGGAAGAGCAGGAACUGCUCGCUGCACAGGCGGAAAGCAUGCGGCAACAGCAGCUGGAAGAGCAGCGGCGUCUUGAAGAGCUACAGCGUCUUGAAGAGCAACAACGCCUUGAAGAGCAGCAACGUCUUGAAGAGCAACAGCGUCUUGAAGAGCAACACAGACAGGAGCAGGACGCCGAGAUGCGGCGACAGUUGGCAGCUCAGCAGCAAAGAGAGCAAGAGGAGGCGGCACUAGCUGCAGUUGAGGAGUUGCAGCGUCAGGAGGAGCAAGAGAAGCAGGCGCAGAAGGAACGGGAGUCGCAGAAACAGAGGGAGAUCGAGAUGCAGCAGGCGAUGGAGUUGCAACGUGCGCGCGAGGCGGAGGAGGCGGCUCGUAUUCAGCAUGAACAGGAGCAAGAAGUACUUCGCAACAAGCGGUUGGCAGAUGAAUUGGCAAUGCAGGAGAAGCUUAAACCCCAGCAAGGCGAAGACCUACUGGAGCUGCAACGUCGCCAGAAGCGCGAAGAACACGCGCGUCAACGUGCAGAGCGCGAGAAGGCGGUCAAGAUGCAAAUGCAGCAGGAACAGGAGCAGGAGGACCUUGCAUUCCGUAUGACCCAGCAGAUGAAUUCCCACUUUAGCGUGGAUGACGACUCGGACGAUAGCGACCGAGAGCCUGAGAGUUCGCCAAUGCCUGUGGUUGCAUCGGCCCCGGUCGGCAAUGGCCAAGAGCGUUUGUCAGUGUCCCAGGCUCCUGCCACUGCGCCGCGCUCGUCGCUGGUCGGCGACGUGAAGCGCGAGAUGAUUCAGAAGCAACAGCAAGAACACCAGCGACGUCGCGAAGCUGCGCUCAAACAGGAGCAACAGACUCGGCAGGUAGAAAUGGAGCAGCAGCGCGUACGCGAGGCCCCGCGCGAAGUGGAAGUGGCGCCACGUGAGAUUGAAGUGGUGCGACGGGCGCCAGUGAAGAAGCCGACCGCCCCCAUGGAGAGCUUCGAGUUUUAAGGAACUACAAGUUACGCACACGUCUCGCAUCUUUAAGGUAAUUGGAUGAAGGCAACUAGGGUAUGAUUGAAUGGAGACUCGUUAGGUAUGAACUGUAAGCCACUUCGCAAUUUGUUGCCGCGCCAGGUUUUGCUGCAAAGUGGCGCACUGGAGGUUAGAACUAGCUUAAAAUGCUGGUGGUGUUGCAUUUGCAAGUUUUUUUUUUUUCACUCGGCGCUUGAUGUGCAAGAGUGCGAUGAGGAGGGACUGCAUGCGAAA